CUGGGGAAGCUGCUGUGCGCAGUCGCGGCGCUGAAGGCGGCUCUCUACCUGCUCCGCAGAGUGUGCCUCGCCAUGGCCUGGAAGUCGGGCGGCGCCAGCCACUCCGAGCUCAUCCACAACCUCCGCAAAAAUGGAAUAAUCAAAUCAGACAAGGUAUUUGAAGUAAUGCUGGCUACAGACCGUUGCCACUAUGCAAAAUACAACCCUUAUAUGGAUUCUCCUCAAUCUAUAGGCUUCCAAGCAACAAUCAGUGCUCCACAUAUGCAUGCAUAUGCUCUCGAACUUCUGUCCGAUCAAUUACAUGAAGGAGCCAAAGCUCUUGAUGUGGGAUCUGGAAGUGGAAUCCUUACAGCAUGCUUUUCACGGAUGGUUGGUCCCAAAGGACAAGUUGUAGGAAUUGAUCAUAUCAAAGAACUAGUAGAUGACUCAAUAAAUAAUGUCAAAAAAGACGAUCCCACAUUGCUGUCUUCAGGAAGAGUGAAACUGAUUGUGGGAGAUGGAAGAAUGGGAUAUGCAGAAGAAGCUCCCUAUGAUGCAAUUCAUGUAGGAGCUGCAGCACCAGUUGUGCCCCAAGCACUUAUAGAUCAGUUAAAACCUGGCGGAAGAUUGAUAUUACCAGUUGGUCCUGCAGGGGGAAACCAGAUGCUUGAACAGUAUGACAAACUAGAAGAUGGCAGUGUCAAAAUGAAGCCUCUGAUGGGAGUGAUAUAUGUGCCUUUAACAGAUAAAGAGAAGCAGUGGUCCAGGUGGAAGUGAUUUUCUGUUCCACUUACUUCUUCCACAUACACGCAAGGGAUGAAUUGUAAAAGCUACAUCAUCUUGACCCAAACAUAGUGUUACAGUGGACUGCUCAUCUCCAGUUCUAAAAGCUUUUUGAAAACCAACAGCAUUGCAGCUUGUUUUGGACUUCGUUAUACUGUUGUUAUCAGCAUGGAAAAGCGUGGUGUUUGUUUUAUUUUUUUAGAUGCUCGAGGCAAAUCUGAUAAAGACAUGGUAAAAAGUUUUAUGUUGGCACUGUUUUAUUUAACAUGCCUUUAUUUUACUCUCAUCUGUUUGAAGUGAAUUUCUGCAGAUGAACUGUGGAUGAAGAUCUAUAGCUUGUGAACUCUAAUUUUGAUGGGGGUACUUGAACACUCUCACUUCUCUUGGCUCCCGUGUCCCUUGGUAAAACUGCUUCUGUGCACCUUAUGACACUACAUAGGCAAUACCAGGUUUUCUGUGUUCCAGUGUCUGCUAGAUGCUACUAAAAGGAAAUGAACUUUUUUUUUAAGCUUUUGACAUGGUGUCAUAGACUAGCAUGUAGUAGAUACAAUCAGCUGCUUUAUUACCUUAAAAUCAGGCAUUUGUAUAUAUUGAAUUUAAAAACAUUGAAGUUGGCUGCUCUUACUAAACAUUGCUGUUUGAGUUGGACAUAAAA